GUAAUUACUUUCCUUUUCUGUUUUGGUCCGUGGGCUGUUGUUGAGAUUUAACCCAAGAGGGUGAAAUCCGACCCGACUCGGAUCCGUCUUCUUGCAGAUCUCCACAAACUCAUUUCCAGUUCCCAAUUAGCAAUUGGUGCAACAACAAAAUAAGAAAUCUCAAGGCUGAAACGUAAUGUAGUAUCUAAUCUGUGAGAUUUCUAAGGAUUUUCUUUUGGGGUUGAAAAUGAACAAUUUCAGCGCUGAAGAUCUGUCAACCAUCGGAGGAAUCGCAACGGUGUCGCUUCUGCAUUCCUUCAUACCCACGCAUUGGCUCCCCUUCUCCAUCGUAGGCCGAGCCCAGAAAUGGACUCUCUCCCGCACUCUCUUCGUCACUGCAUUUGGAGCAGUCUUGCAUGUAAUUUCCACUUCAAUACUCGGUAUAACCGCAGUCACCAUGGCAAAUACCAUAGCUGGCGAGGAAACAGUACAUAAACUUGCUUCGCUUCUGCUCGUAGUUCUUGGUGGCGGUUACAUUUUGUUGUUCUUAACUGGAAAAGGCGGUCACAGUCAUUCACACAACCAACCCAUGGAAAAGAUGGCUGUUGCAGGACUUGUACUCGUUCCUGCAUUGUCUCCUUGUGCAACCACACUUCCGGUAUUUCUUGCUGUUGGGAAUUCAUCUUCCAUGAUGGUGCUUGCUAUCAUAGUGCUGCUAUUCAGCACCAUAACCGUGAUGACUUCACUGGUUGCAUUGUCAUUCUAUGGUGCCAGUCAGCUCAAGUUUCACUGGGUGGAGCGGUACGACAAACUUCUUGUUGGGUCGGUGCUUUGUUUGGUAGGAAUGUUGACACUUGUUUUUCAUGAUCAUGAUGGAGAGGGAGGUGCCACUGGGGAGCAUUUGCAUAGGAAAAUCAUUGCCCUCUGAAGAUUUUUGUCAUCUUUCAAAGUGUAUUUUGUGCCUUCAGGCAAAAGUUACGAUAAGAGAAUGUUGCUUCCGUUUGUAUCAACCAGUGUAUGCAGCUCUUCCUUUGAUGUGCUAUUAACGGAGUGUUGUAAUGUUUGGUUCAAUUGUUUCAUUAUGAUGUUGUUAUAUAUGACAGUUCUUCUGUCUCUGGUUUUGAGUAACUUGUUUUUGUACGUGUAUUAAGUUUGUUGAUCCAUUA